CCCCUCUCGCAGGCAGAGGAAACCACUGCUGCAGCAUAGGAGUCAUACCAAGCAUAGCCUGCGUGUCAGUGCAGUCGACUUACAGCUGGCUGUGAGGAGAACUGACGCUACUCUCUCUUCUUCUUUUUUUUAAUAUUGCUUUCCAUCACUGCGAUACGUUUACCCAUAUUUCAGAAAAGUUUCGUGAAAUAGUUCAAAUAAGUGCGGGAAUCCGGUCUCUCUCCUCUCUGUCGGGCUUUAUUUUAGUAAGGAGGUUUCUAGACAAACUAAAGUUGGAGGCUGGGCCUUUGGCUUUUUGAUCGUCGCUUGAGAGGAGAAGGGAAACAAGCUGGUCUUUUUCUUUUUUUUUUUGGUAAAAAAUCCAAUAAAUGCUACUAACGAAAAUGGACCUGUUGAACUACCAGUACCUGGACAAAAUGAACAACAACAUUGGUAUUCUCUGCUACGAAGGUGAAGCAGCUUUGAGGGGGGACCCCAGACUCCAGUCCCUGUCUCUGUCCUCAUCUUCCUCCUCCUCCUCCUCCUCUUCAUCAUCGUCCUCCUCAUCUUCCAUCUCCUCCAUCUCCAGCCACAGGACAGGUCCACCUCCCAUCAGUCCCACCAAGAGGAAGCUGAGUGGGGACCAGGGGGACAGCGACAUGGAUGACAAUGAGCAUGUGGCAAAGAUGAGCCGACUGUUUGCUGCACAGCUGAAACCUAAUGUAGACUACCGCAGCUCUCCUGCCUCCAAGGACCAGAGCCGGAGCCCCAUCGAGCGUGUGGUGGUGCCCAGCGCUAUGGGAGUCCACAGCAACCACCUGUACAGCCAUGCCCACCACCACCAUCACCACCUGGCCAGCUUAGCCGGCAUGGACCAGCCACUGGCACUCACCAAAAACAGCAUGGUGGAGUCUGCCCGUAGCAGCACAGCAGCUAUGGCCACAGUGCCACACACAGUCAGCGCUGUGGAGCGCCAGCAGAAUCGUCCUUCGGUGAUCACAUGUGCCCCAGCCAACAACCGCAACUGCAACCUGUCUCACUGUCCAGUCUCCCAUAAUGGCUGUUCAAACCUCACUAACAACUACAGGAGAAUCAACACCAACACAGCCUGUGACCCUGUGAUUGAGGAGCAUUUCCGCCGUAGUCUCGGGAAGAACUACAAGGAGCCUGAGCCCCCCGCCACCAACUCAGUGUCCAUCACAGGCUCUGUGGACGACCACUUUGCCAAGGCACUGGGCGAGACCUGGCUUCAGAUUAAAAACAAGGGCAGUCCCUCAUCGUCCAACAGCAGCCCAAACUCCUCCCCCGACAGUCACAUGGUCAAUCACAACCACUCCCCUUCCGUGGUUUCCUGAAGGAGGCGGGGUUUAAGAGGGAUUUGUUCCCCGAGCCCUAUCAACCACCCCAGCUCCAACACCCGUGCCCCCGUCACUUUGGUCUGUCACCAGCAUCCCUGAGGGAAUGCCUGCCUGCUGGUCUGCUAAAAACAUCCAAAACCCUCAAGCCUGCUCUCUCUUUCUAUGCACUCAUAGAGGACCAAGCAAGCAAUAACAACAUGGUCUUUCUAUCCCUCUGUGCUCUGGUACGGUAAUGCCAGACAAUGAUCAGUAAUAAGCAAUGAGGGUUCGACUUUGGGACUUGACUGGAGCAUCAAGCUGCUCCUUCCAAUCAUUCAUCAUCCCUGCAUGUCAAGCUUGGAGCUGAGCAAGCAUCUGUAGUUAUAUGUACAUAAAGAGAGAGAGGAAAGGCGGUGUUUUAAUUAUUAAUUUUCUUCUUCUAUUUUUUUUGGUUGUUUUAUUUGUUUGUUUCUUUAACAGUAGUUUCGUGUACUGCUUUUGCGUUACGACAUGCCCGACAUUUGAAAGAAAAGAUAAGUGAGAAACACUUUGGAGAAAAUAAUCACAAACCACCUGACUGUGCUACCAAAGAAACCUCAGACACUGAUGCUCAUCGAAAACAAAACAACAAAAAGUCGCUCUGUAAUCUCCUCCCUGUUUUAUCCGUUUUCACUCUCACCUUCCUUCUCUCUCCCUCUCUGUCUUGUGUGUGUGUGUGUGUGUUCUGGCGGUUCUGUUGCUGUAUGUGUAUACUCAGUGAUCGACUUGGUCUGAUUUGCACUACUGCCGUAGAGGGUAAAGGGUGGCAUGUCAAUACUGUAAUCUGGCACUGCACACUGGGACUGAUAAAGCUGAGUUUGAGACGAUCAGGCAUAAUCCGGCUUUUGUUGGAACCUUUAUUUGAUCUCCGAUUAAGUUUUUUUGUUUUUGUUUUUUUUAAAUCUACUGGGGAGUCAUUUCACCCUGGCCCUGACAGAAGUGUACAAACCACCAACCAAUCAUUUUUGAAAAAUAGAAAGUACAUAACAAUGAGGCCGAGCAUGGUAAUAUGUCAGAGAUAUGCGGCUUAAUGUGAUUAGGACAGCAUGUGUUUAUGUGUACAUGUUGUGCAAACACAUUGUUGCAUGGUAAGAGAAGGUGGGUGAAUAAAUGGUUGCUUGUACUGCUGCCUCUGGGAACCCCACAGGUCAGGUCUCACUAACUCAAACCAAUCCAUGUCCAAACUCAGGCAUGUUUUUAGGUGAGGGGUGUGAGGGUAUAAAUAAACAGGUAAACUGUGGGAGUAAAUAGCCAUUUUCAAAAACUACCAUGAGAAGUUUUAUGUACAAGAACAAAUAUUAGACUUGAAAUUCAUUACACUUCCACCCAACACGAACAAGCAAACUGGAGUGUAAAUUAUAUGAAUGUAGUAGCCACAAUCAGUUUCUUCACCCACCUUCCAUCUUUUUUUUUUACCAUAUAAAUGUGAAUUCAGUUCAUUUUAUGAGGGGAAAAAUCCAUAUCACAUGAUAUAUAUCUUGAGUAUUUUAAAUAUACAUAAUACAUCAUACAUCCCAGCCCUGUAUACCAGCCUGACUUGUUGAUUGUGAAAACUACACCUGCAUUCUUUUUUUUUUUUUUAAAUUAAGUGGUGUUGAUUGCUGUUGGCAUGGAAAAAUAUACUGUUAUCCCAACAAAAAACAACAAACAAACCUACUUGGCACACUUAAAUCGCACCAAACUGAUUCAUUUUAUUUCACAGGCACAGUCAGGUUCUUAAAUCAGCUACGUUUGGUGUUGAUGGACGUCACAGCCUGCAGUGUGUUGAUGGUUGUGCUCUGCUGAACAAUGUGCUUUGAUGUGUUUCACGAGCUUAACUGCUGACAGCGAUGAGGGGGAUAAAGACGCUGCAUGUCACUUUGUGGUUGAGACGAAAAAAAAAAAAAGUCUGGUUUUUAGUGUGGGGGAGAGAAGAUAAUUCAGAUUUCUUCAAACACACCUUUGUCUUUGCAGCUCUUUGAACACAGGUGGUGUAAUUAUAUUUGGCUUACACCCCGCUAUGCCUCCCUCUCUUACACACUGUGGUUUGAUAGAUUUCUGCGAGGUUUGAAGGGUAAACUAAUGCUUUUACAGAUGCAUGUUUUUGUUUUAUUUUUAAUAGCUGGUAUCUAUUAAUGUUUUUAAGCAUUUCAAUCUUAACUACUAUUAGCCUUUUUCAUUUGGACGUUAGUUGUUACUUCUUUCAUUGUCAGUAACAGACAUAGACACUAUACACUCACUGCUGGGUCAGUCGUACUCCAUUUUAUUAUUGUUAUUGUUGUUAUUAGAAUUUUGUACUUUUGUUUUCCAUUAAUAUCAGUAUGGUAACAAACAUCUAUAGUGGGACAGCCUCCGGACAGGCUCUGUUUAACGGUGAGAGCUGCGUUUCUCAGAUCCUUCUCGGCAGCGGUAAUCAGUGAGCUCGUUCCCACAGCAAGGUUCCAUUGUCGAGUUGGCUUUGGGAUAUGCAGCCCAUAAAGGGUUUCUUGAGAUGUUGAUCCAUCAGUGGUACAGGUUGCUACAACCUUCAGCGUAACUGAGCUGAGACACCAAGUUGGCACAAAUCACAAGUCAGCGGGGCUUCUUCUCAUGAGAAAAUCACCUCAGCCUGAGAUAAACUGUGGAAAACAGAACACUUGGCUGAUAAUUUGGGGUUAUCUGAAUUUACAACGUGAUGUCACAGAUCUUUCGGUCGUCAUCAGCUGACCUUUUGUGUCCUGAUUUGGUGUCCAGACUUUACUUUGUUGUUGUUGUAUUUCAGUGCUUUCUUUUCUGAACAACUUUGUAUUGUUGCUGCAGUUAAGCGAGACUGCUGCAGUCUGAGAAAAUGAAUUUAACUCUGUAAAAGAGCCUGCGCUAAGAUGGCAUACAUUCCUCCUGUAGGGAACUUUGUACAGGCCUCACAUACACUCAGUAUCUCCAUUAUCAACCGACAGAGCUAAGGACAAGCCAGGGCCACCUGAGUUCCCCGGCUGAAAGAAAAUCAGCCCUUCAUCCAUAUAUUGUGAUAAAGGAGCAAACAACAUGUUAGAGAAGUAAAGGAAAAAAAAAAAGCACGAUUGAAAGGUGACGAGGUUCAUAUUUGUCUGGUUUAGGUCUUCUUUUUUUUUUUUUUCUUUCUUUUUCAAAUCGAUUGUGAUGGGUAAAUCUCUUACAGAGUUCUUUAAAUGGAAUGCCUGCUCAGUGUUCUAGAAUGUCCACACAUUCCAUCCUCCACUGUCAGAACAGGUGUGAACCAGAACUGAUGGUUAAAGUUCUAGAAUCUUCAGACACACCAAAUUUUGAAUCCUAACGCAACUGCCAUUGAAUUAAUGUCCUUAACAAAUAAGUACUUCACAAUCAAAGUGAGCUUGGUUUGGAUGAUGUUUUUUUGGAAGGGGGAGGGGGGGUCUUGAUCGUGGGGCGGCAGAGCUUCAGGAGCUGAGCUUCUGUAAGCAUGGCCGCUAUGCCAGGAGAUCUCACAGCGAUGCCUCUCACCUCCUCUCAGAUUAAGAUUGGAUGUAGAAUGAGGGAAAAGGGCUCAGUGUCCAGAGGAUUUAGUUUUUCUAUUAUUGCUCUUUCUCAUUAUCAUUUCACUACCACCCUGUAGGUAGGAGGCUCUCUUUCCGCCUCGGCACACACUCCCUACACACUGUAGGAAAAUCACUUAAUUAAAAAAACAAAACAAAAAAAAACAAUACUUUUUUAUGAUAGGUAACUAUAAGACCAUCAUUACGCUGUGCGUAACGAAUGUACAGAGAAAAAAAUCGUAGGUAUUUUUUGAGGAACAAUUAAUUUGUUAAUGAUAUGUAGCUAUUUAAUUGUUGGUUUUCCCUGUCCUUAUAUUGUAAUCAUUGCAUUUUCCUUUUUGUGAAAAAAGUUGAUCUUUUUUGUUCAUAGAGUUUGUCUUGUUAGAGUAAAGGUUCAAGUGCAGGAACACAGCAAAUGUAUGAAACCACAAUAAGCCACUGGUUUGUUGGUGACAAUCGCUACUUCCAUUGGUCCCCGAUGUUCUGCAACUCACUUUCACUUGUGUUCCAUCAUGUGACUUGGGGCACCUGAAGAAAAGUUUCAGAGGUUGUCCUGUUGGAAGCUUCUCGAGCAGUCUGCAUCUUUUGCAUUGAUAACACACAAAAAAUAUUACCAGUAGCUCAGUGAGUGUUGCUGGACAUUUCCAGUUAACUGUUAAAAAUUAACUAAAAAUGAGCUACCAUACAGGUAAAAUGUCCACCACUGUUUGUAAGCAGUAUACAUUGCAGGGUUUAAGAGGAAUUGAGCUCCAAAUGAAAGCAUCAGUCCAUUUAGGAAUAUUUGCCAGAUUGAUUUAACUUCACCCAAAUCUAAACCUGCCAAGUUUAUCUGCUUUGUUGCCAGUUGAGCAGUGGGGAUGUUACCCUUGUAUCUGAUGUUGCUGUUCCCAUCUGUGGGGCCAUUUUGCAUCUGUAAUCAAGUAAACAACAUGAAAACUGUGCAGAUACAUAAACAGGACUUAGUCUUUACUCUGACUGUACCACAGGUCCUUUUUGAAGUGGAAGUAGCAUGUACUUAGUGGUAGUAAUACUCUGAAAAAGAAAAUUUGUAUCAUGAAAACAACAGUGAAUUUGUGGCUCUGUGUCUCCUCCUACUAAAAAGGUUUUGGCAGGCCACCUUUUUUGUACGUAAAGUAGCCUUGAUGAACAAUAAAAUGCUUUUAAACCACCA